CAAAGGGCCGGAGCGAGGCCGCCGCGGCGGCUGGGGAGGUGGGGCGAGGCAAGGUUUGUAGAGGCGAGGCGGCGGCCGGGCCGGGCCGCAAGCGGUGGCGGCGGGACCAUGGAGGCGGCGCCCGCUGCUCCGCGUCCCGGGCUGCUCCUCCUCGUGCUGGCCGCUGCGGCGACGCUGGUCCCGGGGACGACGGCAUUACAGUGUUUCUGCCACCUUUGUACAAAAGACAAUUUUACUUGUGUCACAGAUGGGCUCUGCUUUGUCUCUGUCACAGAGACCACAGACAAAGUUAUACACAAUAGCAUGUGUAUAGCUAAAAUUGACCUGAUUCCUCGAGACAGGCCAUUUGUAUGUGCACCAUCUUCAAAAACUGGGUCUCUAACACAUUGCUGCAAUGAGGACCAUUGCAAUAAAAUAGAACUCCCAACUGUUGGAAAGCCAUCAACUGGCCUUGGUCCCGUUGAGUUGGCAGCCGUCAUUGCUGGACCAGUCUGCUUCGUCUGCAUCUCCCUCAUGUUGAUGGUCUAUAUCUGCCAUAACCGCACCGUCAUUCACCAUCGAGUGCCAAAUGAAGAGGAUCCUUCUUUAGAUCGCCCUUUUAUUUCAGAGGGUACUACGUUAAAAGAUUUAAUUUAUGAUAUGACAACAUCAGGUUCUGGAUCAGGUUUACCAUUGCUUGUUCAACGAACAAUUGCAAGAACUAUUGUGUUACAAGAAAGUAUUGGCAAAGGUCGAUUUGGAGAGGUUUGGCGAGGAAAGUGGAGAGGAGAAGAAGUUGCUGUUAAAAUAUUCUCCUCUAGAGAAGAACGUUCAUGGUUCCGUGAGGCAGAGAUUUAUCAAACCGUAAUGUUACGUCAUGAAAACAUCUUGGGAUUUAUAGCAGCAGACAAUAAAGACAAUGGUACAUGGACUCAGCUCUGGUUGGUGUCAGAUUAUCACGAGCAUGGAUCUCUUUUUGAUUACUUGAAUAGAUACACAGUUACAGUGGAGGGAAUGAUCAAACUUGCUUUGUCCACAGCAAGUGGACUUGCCCAUCUUCAUAUGGAGAUUGUUGGUACCCAAGGUAAACCAGCCAUUGCUCAUAGAGAUUUAAAGUCAAAGAAUAUCUUGGUAAAGAAGAAUGGAACUUGUUGUAUUGCAGAUUUAGGGCUGGCGGUAAGACACGAUUCAGCCACAGAUACAAUUGAUAUUGCUCCAAACCACAGAGUGGGAACAAAAAGGUACAUGGCCCCUGAGGUUCUAGAUGAUUCCAUAAAUAUGAAACACUUUGAAUCCUUCAAACGUGCUGACAUCUAUGCAAUGGGCUUAGUCUUCUGGGAAAUAGCUCGACGAUGUUCCAUUGGUGGAAUUCAUGAAGAUUACCAGCUGCCUUAUUAUGAUCUUGUACCUUCUGAUCCAUCAGUUGAAGAAAUGAGAAAAGUUGUUUGUGAACAGAAGUUAAGGCCAAAUAUUCCAAACAGAUGGCAGAGCUGUGAAGCUUUGAGAGUAAUGGCUAAAAUUAUGAGAGAAUGUUGGUACGCCAAUGGAGCAGCUAGGCUUACAGCUUUGCGGAUUAAGAAAACAUUGUCACAGCUCAGUCAACAGGAAGGCAUCAAAAUGUAAUUCUGCGGCUUUGCCUGAACUCUACUUUUUCUUCAGAUCUGCUCCUGGGUUUUAAUUUGGGAGGUCAGUUGUUCUACCUCACUGAGAGGAAACAGAAGGAUAUUGCUUCCUUUUGCAACAGUGUAAUAAGGUCAAUUAAGAACUUCCCAGGAUUCCUUUGGACCCAGGGAACAGCCAUGUGGGUCCUUCCUUGUGCACUAUGAACACUUCUUUCCCAGGACGGUCACAAAAUGUGUAGUCUACCUUUAUUUUUUAUUAACACAAAACUUGUUUUUUAAAAAGAUGAUUGCUGGUCUUAACUUUAGGUAACUCUGCUGUGCUAAAGAUCAUCUUUAAGGGUAAAGGAGCUGGAUUGCUGAGUUUUAUGACACAUUUCUUAUUUUUGAAGAAAGUGAUUUACUCCUGUUAGUACAUUCUCAGAGGAUUCUGAACCACUAAAGAGUUUCCUUGAUUCAGACAAUGAAUGUACUGUUCUAUAAUUUUCAGGAUCUUAAAACUAACACUUACAAAGCUCUUAUCUUGAGUCUAAAUAUGACCUCAUACAGUAGUGAGGAACAUAAUUUAUGCAAUUGUAUUUGUAUACUAUUACUGUUCUUUCACAUAUUCAGAACAUUACAUGCCUUCGAAAUGGGAUUGUACUAUACCAGUAAGUGCCACUUCUGUGUCUUUCUAAUGGAAAUAGUAGAUUUGCAUUAAGUUUGUGUGUGCUAAAAUGUAUAGUGUUUUAAUUCAAAACAUUUAUUUAUCUGGAUAACCCAGACUUUUUCUGGUUUUUUUUUUUUGGAAGUGUUUUGUGGUAUGUCAUUCAGUAUUCCAUUUUGAAAAUGCCUUUCUCCUACCAGAAUGUGCUUAAACCACUAAGGAACGAAGUGGCAUUAAUUGGUAAAUUGUUAUCAUGGUCAUGUUUGAAUAUUCUCAUAUCCAGCUUUUGCAUUUUAAUUGUGUUGUCUAAGUAUACUUAAAAAAUCAAGUGGCACUCUAGAUGCAUACAGUACUUUAAUAAUUUAAGAUUUAUAGCAUACAGACUAAUUUUUCUAAAAGGGAAAAUUUGUCUAGCUGCUUGUGAAAAGUUGUGUGGCAUUCUGUAAGCCAUUUUUUUCUUUAUCUCAUCAAAGACAGUGUUAUUUUUUUAAGAAAUGAGUUAUGUUUAAAAUUAGAAAUGGUUAGUGUUAAAUAAUAGGCCUUUUUCUGGAAAGGUAAAGGUAGUUAAUAUUUUAAGUAGAGAACAAUGUGUGAGAGUCAUAGGAGCCAAUGUUGGGUGGAUUUUCUGUCGUAACUACAGUUAGGGUUAGUGUGGUUUUGAGGUCUCACUACACUUUGAGGAAGGCAGCUUUUAAUUCAGUCUUUACUCCGUGAGCAGAUACUGCAACUGCUUAAUUAACAUGAUUAGGUAAUGAAUUUAGUGCACCCUGGAUAUUUGGGAGAGGUAUAGCUAAAGAAUAUUCUGAGUGUAGGUUCUCCAUUUAUAGAUGUUUUUGGUCAAAUUAAAUGUUCAAAGCAAACUUGUCAUGGUUUUCUCACAUUAAGUUGAAACCAGCUUAUAGUAGUAACUGAUUUUUACAUCCAGUGCUGAAAGUCUUUUGAAUGUACUGUUCUAUAAUUUUCAAGAUCUCAAAACUAACACUUACAAAGCUCUUAUCUUGAGUCUAAACCUCAUACAGUAGUGAGGAACAUAAGUUGAAAUUUUACAAUUUUCAAAGUUCUCUUUAUCACUGUGAUCUUAUUCUUGUGGGGGAAAAAUUAUCAUAGUGGUAAGAAACAAAGAGUCAGAACAUGGACUUCAUAGUGCUAGAGAUUUCCCAAUGAAGGGUUAGAGUAAUCUUUACAGUAUUUUGGUCAGUAAGAGAUAGUGGCCAUUAUGCUGGCCAAGCUGCAUUCUGUCAAAUGUCUUAUCUCUAUACACUCUAUACACUCUUAUACAUAGCAUAGAUUGGAAAGACUAUUUGGUCCUAAAACCAAAGUAAUUUUAGAAUGAAUGGCAUAUUACAUAGGAGUUUAGUGUCAAUUUCAUGUGUUUAAAAACAAUGGGGAAAAUGUGGUUGGAGGUUAAUAUUUUGGCUUUUGACUCCAAAUUUGAGGGUUUUUCUGUAAUUACCAUGAUUUCAUUAAAGCAGAUAAGUGAGCCUAAGAGGUUUGUUUUUAUCAUGUUGUAUUUCCUGUUUAAUAAUCUCUAGCUCUUGAUCCGGUACCUUUUUUUUUUUGGCCAUUUCUAUGACUACCAGAUCUGCCUUAUGAAAUCCAGGGCACCAACGCAUUUUGUCACUAAAACUAUUUUCAUAUGAUUUUAAGAACAUAACCAAAAGUUCUCAUCUGAUUUGAAGUUGUAAUACAUGGUUUCUCACUGUCCUGUAAGGUGAUCAACUUGUGCUGAAGGUAUUCUUUAUUAAGUCAAACACUGAGUUACAGUAAUUAUACUGCUAUUGCUUAAGUGCAUAACAAGUACUUUCAAUGAAUCAGGGAAUUUUUUAAAAGUUAGAAUUCUGUUCUAAAUUGGGUUUAUACAUUGCUAUAGCUAAUUCCUUUUUUGGCUAAUGAUGGUUUGAUAAACCCCAAUUGGCUAAUACUGGAAAUAAAAGUUACUUAAAAGAUGAAAUACAUCAUGAUUACUGUGGCCUUACCUGCAGAUAAACUUGACUAGAGUAUUGAUUUUGUUAUUUAGAAAAACAAGCCUUUGUUUGUACUGUAUAGCCUGUCUUCAGAUGCACACCUUCCAAGGUUCAACUUGGCUAAAAUAUACCUUCAGCACAUUACCUGUCCAUGGCCCUUCCUUCAUGACUUCCACUUUGUUCCUCCCAACCUGCCUUCCUGCUGAUCUCUGACUCAGAGACCAGUGCCUAGUCACCAGCCACCCUUCCAUGCCCCUGUCCCCUGAAUAGCCUUUUAACUGAAUAGCUGCUUUUGAUACCUAGAGUAAAAUGGUUGAUGGGUAUGGUGGGACAUAUCUGCAUUUCCUUGAGUCACUGCAUGUUGCUGGGAGAGGUCUCUAACUUUGGAGUUUGGACGGAAGAUGGCCCUGCUGGCUGCUCUGCUUUGAUUUCAGGAGUGAGAUGGCAGCAAGGUGGCAGCUAUGGCAAUGGGGGCUGUGCCAGAAGCAGUGGCCAGGAGUAUCCUCUAUAGGACAGGGUAAGGCCCAAAGAGCUGAGCCUGUAAUUCUGCUGUAAUGAUAGUGCUCAGGAAGUGCCUUGAGUCAGUAUGCACUGCCAUGGCCAUCAAUUCCAAAUUUCAGUUCUGAUGAUAAAAUGUAAGUGAUCACUUGGCCAUUUUGCAGCUCAUGCAUGAGUUACCUUUUUUCCCUUUAUAUCUGAGAACUGUCAGAUACUUCGUAAAACAAGGUGGCAAAGCGCUAAUUUAAAUAUACAACAAAAUCAGUAUCUGGUUAGACAUAUCAUAUCAAGAGUUUAUUUUUUUCCUUGAACUGAAAGAGUGAUUGUAAAUCACCUAUUUCUUCUUGUUUCUUAACUGUGGCAGUGUUCUGGCUCCAAAUGGUAGAGAGUCCAAAUAAUGGUUCUUCUGCAGCUUGGCAGAAAAUGCAAUUCAGAUAUUUUUGAGAUGCUAAAGAAUAGCUCUGGACAUGUAAUCUGCAGCUUGUUGUUUCUGUUUUGGAAUGUUGGCGUACCCAUAGGCCCUCUCUGUAGAAAUGCUGGGCUUUUAGGACAUUCUGAGGAUUGUCAGUGCAUUGCAACUUUUCAAUCCCAUUAUGCAAUCUUAUCUGUAAUUGUGAACUUCAAAAAAUGUGAUUAAUGACAUUCAACCUGUAUUUUCUUACAGCUUAAAAAAGAACUUAAGUGAAUUUGUUUUUAUUUUUUAACAAGAUUUGUGAAUUGAAUAUCAUGAACCAUGUUUUAAUAUCCCUUUUUCACAUUGUGCCAAUGGAACGGGGUGUUUGAUAUUUCUUUAUAUGUCAAGGAGAUGCUUCAAAAUGUCAAUUGCUUUAAACUUAAAUUACCUCUCAAGAGACCAAGGUACAUUUACCUCAUUGUACAUAUGAUCUUUAAUAUUUGUCAGAGCAUUCUCCAGGUUUGCAGUUUUAUUUCUAUAAAGUAUGAGUAUUACAUUGCUAAAUUACUCAAAUGGUACUGUAUUGUUUAUAUUUGUACCCCAAAUAACAUCAUCUGUACUUUCUGUUUUCUGUAUUUUAUUGUAUUUGUGCGAGUUCUUUUGGCUUUAUCAGUGUAAUCUCUGCCCUUUCAGAUGUGUACAGAAAAUAACCACAUAAAUUUUCAUUUAAGUUGGAUGACUUGAGAAGCCUGUAAAGAGGAGAGAAAAACAAAAACUGCAUUUCCCCAUAAGUUUUUUAAAUUGUAUAUUGUAUUUGUAGUAAUAUUCUGAAUGAUUUGUAAAUAGGAAGUAGAAGAGCGAUGCUUACAUCAAGUCUUAACACUACAGUAGAGAAAUGGAAGCAAUGCAAAUAAAUUACUUUUUUUCCCAAGUGCUAGUGGCAUAAUUUAAAAUUUAAAAUAAAGUUAGUAUACUGAAGUGAGCAAUGCUGUUAUGAAAUGUAGUGCUGUCAAUAGAGACUAGAGUCUUUGGAUUACUUACUCCCCAGGACAAGUUAUAAUGCUGUAAUAUGUUUGAGAAGUACCCACCUGCCUGAAGGUUCCUCUGCAUGAGUGGUGGCUUCUUUCCACCCCCGUAGGGGUCGUUGAUCUGUCGGUGGGAACUGACCUGUCUGCAUGUGAACUACCUUGCCUUGGCUCCACAGAUAUGCUAAGUUUGUGUUAAAGCAGUAUUAUUAUUUUGAUGAGUAAAGUUUUUCAGUGUU